CACACAAAUACCAUCAAAUCUAAUUUCUGCUUCAUUUUCUUUUCCCUCUGCAAAAUUUGAUAUGUCUGAAGUUACCGUAAAAUUGUUUGGGUGGACAAUCGCAUCUUCUUUGUCCCCUGUUCUUCCCGAUUCUGACAAGGAGAAUAACUCUUCCUCAUCUUCUUCUCCCUCAGUUCGACCACACAUGAUGAACAACCAAUCUGAUGAUACUGAUAACACCGAGCAAGACAAUACAAGUAUUCAGAUAUCAUCUGAUCUCAACAACGAGUCAAAAGAAACGUCUGAGAACAGCGAUGACCAACACAGCGAGAUCACAACAGCUACUACAUCGGAAGAGAAAACAACUGACUUGAAGAAACCAGACAAGAUUCUUCCAUGUCCGAGAUGCAACAGCGCAGACACCAAAUUCUGCUACUACAACAACUACAACGUUAAUCAGCCGCGCCACUUUUGCAGAAAAUGCCAGAGGUAUUGGACUUCCGGUGGAUCCAUGAGGAUUGUUCCGGUUGGCUCAGGCCGCCGCAAGAACAAGGGAUGGGUUUCUUCAGAGCAUUAUAUGCACAUCACUUCCGAGAAUACUAACGAUUACAAUAGCUCCUCAACGAAGAUUCUCAGCUUUGAGUCUUCAGACUCUUUGGUUACUGAUAACGGUAACCAUCAAUCAAGCGAUGCGACAACAACCGAGAAUUCUGUUUCAAAAGAUUUCAACAACUUCCAAGGAUUUCUUCCUCCGCAAGUAACAUCCCCUGUUUCAUCUCUUUGGCCUUACCAAUAUCCUCCUAACCUUACUUUCUACCACAUUCCCGUCUACUGGGGCUGCACGGUACCGUUUUGGUCUACCCUAGAGACUUCCACAUGUCUAGGGAAAAGGACAAGAGAGCAAGCUUCAGACCAAACUGUUAGAGAAAGAGUGGAUUCAGAAUCUCAAAGUAUCAAUAAUGAAGCAAGUCAUGUGUGGUAUCCAGUACCGACGAAACGCGGGAAGACAGAGCAAUUCAACUUUUUCAGUGAUGGAUCUGAAACAAAGAACAGCAACAUGAGAUUCGUCCCUCAAACGUAUCUUAACCUGCAAGCAAACCCAGCAGCCAUGGCAAGAUCUAUGAGCUUCAGGGAGAGCAUGUAAUGUUAAACCAUAUACUAAUAUAGAAUAGGUGUAUGCGUGUUUAUUCAUGAAGUGAGAUUUAGCGUAUUGGUUUUUAGUUGUUACCUUGUAGAAGAAAGAAAAAAAUUGUAGAUACAGUAUUUUCGUUGUGUGGUGAAAGUGCAGAUAACUUUUAAUAUCAAUUUUAUUUUGUGCGCUUAUCCUAACGAAUAGAUAUGCUGAAGUUAUGACGUCUUUCUUUGGUAAAUGUGGC